GUACGGAGCCGGCCGUUGCGACAGCGCGUCUCGAUAAUAUACAACACUCUUUACUAUAUCACACGUCCGAGAUGAACUCUUUCGUAUUCAUAUGUACCACGUUCUUGAACGCGAGUAUAAACGUGUGUACACGUGUGUUCCUGCUAGUGCUGAGUGCGAGUGUGUACCAGGGGUUUGUGCUCGUGGAGGUGUUCCUGAACAGCUACAAUUUGGUGUAUCCCCCGUAUUUUGCGAAGCCUAUAACUAAGGGACAGUAUCAUGUGUCGAGUGUUGUCGGUGGGGCAGUGACGGUAGUAGCUACGAAGACUAUCAUGCUAAACGGGUUCAUGCGAUGGCUGCUCCGGUUCCUAGUGUCCCUGAUAGCCAUCGGGGUGCGCCCACUCACGUACCUGCUCACCGUGCGGCGCACGCGCAAGUGCCCGCCGCCCGCCAACCCUACGCUCUUCAAGUCCGCCACCACGCUUACCAACAUGAUCAGGAAUAAGCAGAUCACGUCAGAAGAAGUGGUAGCGGCUUACAUAGAGAGAUGUAAAGAAGCGAAUCCGUACCUCAACGCCAUAGUGGAGCCGCGGUACGAGCAGGCACUUAGAGAAGCCAGGAGCAUUGACAAGAUGAUCGCCUCUACUGAUCGGACGCCGGAGGAACUGGGCAAGGAGUACCCCCUGCUGGGGGUGCCCAUGACUGUGAAGGAGAGCAUUGCUGUUGAAGGAAUGAGCAAUGACAGCGGCACCGUCCGCCCGAGCCGAGUGCCGGCCACCAAAGACGCUGCCAUCGUCAGCUUGGCGCGCGCCGCGGGUGCCAUCCCCAUCGCCGUCACCAACACACCGCAGCUCUGCAUGAACUGGGAGACGUACAAUAACGUCACCGGCCUUACGAUGAACCCUUUUGAUCAGAAAAGGACCACUGGAGGCUCGUCGGGUGGAGAGGCAGCGUUGAUCUCAUCGGCAGCAUCCAUCGUUGGCGUCGGCUCCGACAUCGCCGGCUCACUGCGUCUGCCGCCCAUGUUCUGUGGCAUCUUCGGACACAAGCCUACUCCAAAAUUAUUGUCUAUUGAAGGUCAUAUUCCAGACUGUCUGGACUCAGAAUUUGAAGAAUAUUUUGCUUUGGGGCCUUUAUGCCGGUACGCGGAAGACCUUACGUUACUCUUGAAAGUUCUGAGACAACCUGGCGGUCCUGAUGUGCCCUUAGACAAACCCGUGGAUGUGUCCAAGCUGAAGUUUUAUUACAUGGAAGGCGACAACAGCAACGUCACGGAUAAAAUCGGAUCGGAUGUGAAGAAAGCCAUGGAAAAAGCCAAAGCACACAUUACGAAUACAUACAAUAUUGAAGUCAAAGAGCUCAAGAUCAAAAACAUCGAACACAUCUGGGAGAUCAGUAUUCGGGUUCUAAUGAACAUCCGUCACGUUCGCAACAUAUACACUGAUCCUGAGAAAAGAGACCAAUGGGUCUCAGUUUGGCCGGAAGUUCUAAAGAAAAUGGUCGGUCUGUCAGACCACAACUUCACAUGUGUGGCUUACGGGCCGCUGCAGAAGUUUUUCGAUUCGUUACCAAAGAGCUAUUAUGCGAAAUUGUUGAGAAUAUUUGAGGAGAUUAAGCAGGAUUUCGAGAAAGCGCUAGGAGACGACGCCGUAUUAAUAUACCCAGCGUACCCCUACCCGGCCCAUCUCCACUACCGGGUAUACUACAAAUUCCUAAACUGCGGGUACCUGACGAUCUUCAAUGCCCUAGGUCUCCCAGUCACCGCCUGCCCGAUGGGUCUCACAGAGAAAGGCCUGCCAGUGGGUCUACAACUCGUGGCUAACAAGUGCCACGAUCAUUUGACGAUAGCGCUCGCUAAAGAGUUUGAAAAAGCCUUUGGAGGCUGGGUGCCGCCUAAUAGAGAACCUGUCAGUGUCUAAUUUAAGUUACCUAAUUGUAG